AUGUAUAUUACUCAACACGCGUUUAUAUUUCUAUGUGGAAUAUAUCUCUGUGGAGCUGGAUAUGGCUACGGUUAUUAUGGGCCCACGGCUCAAUCAGAUGUCGGGGCGCCGUCAUACGUUCCGCCAUACGCAAGAAACAAUCCAGGUGGAUUUCCGCACCUCUACAUGAAAACCGGUUACAGUGGUCGGAAAACAGGAUACAGCGGCACAAAAACGGGAUACAGCGGCACAAAAACGGGAUACAGCGGCACAAAAACCGGAUACUCGGGAACGAAGACCCAUUACACGCCCAAUAUCGGCUACGCCGAAAAGAAUUCCUGGUUUUCUUCAGGUGCAGCGCCCAGUUACGAACAGUUCAAUAACAUCGCAAGGGAGAGUUACGCUCCCAAAUGCGACAUAGAAUGCAAGAACAACGGUAUCUGUGUGGACACGAACACCUGCAACUGUCCCGCCAACUUCUAUGGAAAGUACUGCGAAUUUGAGAAGAAACCAUGCCUCGUGUAUCCACCAUUGCCGAUGAAUUCCAUCAGGAAAUGCUCCUCUGAAUUCUGUACAAUCACCUGCAUGGACGGCCACAAGUUCAUCGACGGCACGACAAUAGCAAAUAUGAACUGUGUCGAUGGCCAGUGGCAGCCGACUCGCGCUGACUUCUCCUCUAUUCCGGACUGCAUUCCAGAAUGCGAUCCCCCUUGUCUCAACGGCGGAGUUUGCUUGUCGUUGAACACUUGUCAAUGUUCCGCUGAGUACAGAGGACCUCAAUGUCAAUAUUCGGCAAGUGCUUGUGACAUGCGCAAAUUGGCGUUCAACGGCGGCUACAAUUGCUCGGGCGAUGGCGAACAGUUCUCGUGCUCUCUGACAUGUCCCACUGGAGCUGGGUUCAGCUCUCCUCCCGCUGCUGUCUACACCUGUCUCUACUCGACCGGCGUUUUCAUGCCUCAGCCUAUUCCACACUGCGUUUUUAAUGAAGUGAUUGUUAUCACGCCCAGCAACAAACAAAUCAGUGACACUUACUAUGAAGUACACAAUUCGCGUAACCUAUCAACAAUCGAGAGCGGAAGUCAUAUGUUCGAAUCGAGCACAUAUGGAACCGGGAAACAUGAAGGUGGCGCAAAGCAGAUCAUCGUUGUACAAGACUUCACUCCAAAGGGUGGUAGUUGUUUAAGUUGGGCUGGAGUCCACUACAAGACUUUUGAUGGCAAAAUUUAUAGUUUUCAGUCACCAUGCCAACACAUUCUCGUCCGCGAUUCCCAAGAGCACAAAUACACUGUAGCAAUUAGGCAUCCGGAAUGUAAGAGACAGGCCUAUUGUCCUUCGGAGCUCGUCGUUUACCUGGACGACAAGAUGUACGCUCUCAGUGUCGGGGAGGAUGGAGCCGUGCUUUUCCGCAACACAAAACGUCUGAUCCCCAUACCGGCGUCGCUGCCUGGUAUACGGGUGUCCAUGCCAAGCGAUCAAGUAUUUGUUAAUUUGGACGCGUUAGGAGUCACUAUUAAGUGGGAUACAAACAACUUGAUUAUAGUUGAGGGAACUAUACUUCUGUGGAACAAAACCGAAGGUCUCUGUGGAACUUUGGAUGGUAAUCCAGAGAACGAUUUUAUGAUUAAAGAUGGCACGAUCGCAAGAACGAAGUCAGUUAUGGUGGCUUCAUGGCAAUUGAAUAAGAUUGGAGAUAUCUGUGACAGCAGUCCUAUAGAAAAUAGCGCUUGUGCCUCAAUAAACGAUGCAGAUAUGAAGAAAGCUAUGCAAUUCUGCACUAAAAUCUUCAGCAAAGAUAAAUUCCGCAAGUGUUCGAAAGUGAUGGACGUGUCUCUCCUGUUGGAAGCUUGUCAGUGGGAUUAUUGCGCAUGUACUACCAGUUUGAGUCCUGAAGAAUGUGCUUGCAAAACGGUAUCUGUGUAUGCAAAAGAAUGUCUCCGGCAUGGAGUCGAUGAGAUGAAGGACUGGCGAGAUUUGGACACAUGUCCCAUGCAUUGUCCCGACGGCAAAAUUUACAAAUCAUGUGGACCUGAUGUGCAACCUAGCUGUGCUUUUCCUCUAGCCACAAAAACGUCGGACAAAAACAAUACUUCAUGCGUCGAGGGUUGUUUCUGUCCUGAGGGCUUAUUAUUAGAAAGUGGUCGGUGCAUUCCGAAAGCCGAAUGUCCUUGCAGAGUCCGAAAUCAAAGUUUUCCACCAGGAUCUGUGGUGCCAAAGAGCUGUAAUACUUGUACAUGCCAAGCUGGCGAGUGGAUUUGUACUCAAGUACCAUGUGGCGCUCGAUGCAGCGCUGUCGGUGACCCGCAUUACACUACUUUUGACGGACUCCGCUACGACUUCAUGGGUACCUGCACUUACACGCUACUGAAGACGGAAAACGUCACAAUUGAAGUGGAGAAUGUGGCCUGUUCUGGAGCUAUUACUGAGGCAAUAAAUCUAGCGCCAUACAAAGGUGACGGGAAACCUUCAUGCACAAAAGCCGUUAACGUAAUCUUCAACGGAGCCAACAUACAUAUGAAGCAAGGAGGAUUCAUCCUCGUCAACGGGAAGGAAGUCUCAUCAUUGCCUGUUAAGGUUGGAGACAUCAGGAUACGAGCAGCAUCAUCUCUGUUUAUUAUUGUUCAACUGCCAAUAAAAGUUGAUCUAUGGUGGGACGGCAAUACCAGAGUAUUUGUUGAUGUACCGCCAGGACUCCAUCAAAGCACCAAGGGACUUUGCGGAACUUUCAAUUUAAACCAAAAAGACGACUUCUUGACUCCUGAGGGUGACGUCGAACAGUCGGCCUUCGCAUUCGCCAAUAAGUGGAAGACCAGAGAGUUCUGUAAUGACAUCGCCACGCAAGAACCUGAACAUCCCUGCAAAGCUAACGUAGAAAACAAGGAUGCAGCUGAAAAGUACUGCAGUAUUUUGAAGAGCUCGCUCUUCGAAUCUUGCCAUUGGUACGUGGAUGUGCAGCCGUACUAUGAGAACUGCCUGUACGACAUGUGCGCGUGUAGUGGCGAUGCGUCGAACUGCCUGUGUCCCAUACUGGGGAACUACGCCAUGGCGUGUGCCUCCAGCGGCGUGCACGUGCAGUGGAGAUACAAUGUUAAGGAGUGCGAGCUAUCGUGUAGUGGCGGUCAAGAGUAUACCGUUUGCGCCGACAGCUGUCUUCGAACUUGUUCCGACGUGGCGUUAUCUGCAAAUGGUCUCUGCAAGCCAUCUUGUGUGGAAGGUUGCGCGUGUCCGACAGGACAGGUAUUGGACAGCAAUAACGAGUGCGUGCCAGUUGCCCUGUGUCCGUGCUUCCACAAGGGUAUGCAGUUCAAUGCCGGUUACAAAGAAGUAAGGGCUGGCAGACGUGAACAAGAACUUUGUACAUGCGUGGGUGCCCGUUGGGACUGCAAGCCGGCGACUCCCGAAGAAAUAACUCAGUAUCCGCCGGCAGAAGACCUUCGAAGCAAUUGCAGUGCUGCCAACCAUAUGGAGUUCACCACCUGUCAGAUCGCGGAGCCGCUUACUUGCAAGAACAUGCACCUGCCGCCAUCGGGUACGACGACGGAGUGCCGGCCGGGCUGCCAGUGCAAGCGCGGGUUUGUGCUGGAGGCGGGGACGGGCAAGUGUGUGGAGCCAGCACAGUGUCCGUGUCACCACGGCGGACGCAGCUACGCCGAUGGUGACCGCAUGCAGGAGGACUGUAACACCUGCGAGUGCAAGAGCGGCAAGUGGUCGUGCAGCACUCGUGCGUGCGCGGGCGUGUGCGGCGCGUGGGGCGACUCGCACGUCACCACGUUCGAUGGAGCACAAUAUGACUUCGAGGGCGUCUGCGGCUACCUUCUCGCCAAGGGCGUGAUGGAAGGACGCGAUGGGUUCGCUGUGGAGAUGCAGAACGUCCCAUGUGGAACAACGGGUGCUACUUGUUCGAAGUCUGUGACCCUCAAAGUGUCGAGCACUGAUGGAACUGAAGAGUUGGUUUCCCUUGCACAAGGAGCGCCUUUGCCAGAUGUCUCCAAUUUAAAAAGAAUAAAGCUACGCAUCGCCGGUGUAUACGUGUUCCUGGACGUGCCUUCACUGGGUAUGAGUUUACAAUGGGACCAUGAGCUGAGGGUCUACGUCAAAGUCGACUCCAUGUGGCAGAACAGGGUGAAAGGCCUGUGCGGAAACUACAACGCGGACAUGCGCGACGACUUCCAAACACCGUCCGGCGGCGGUUUCGCCGAGACAUCCGCACUCAUAUUCGCCGACUCGUGGAAGCUGAAACCGACCUGUCCAAAGCCGCAAGAAGUUGCUGACCACUGCAAGCAGCGGCCGCAGCGCAAGGAGUGGGCGGCGGCGACGUGCGGCGCGCUGAAGCGGUUCCCGUUCGCGCUGUGCCACGGCGAGGUGCCGGUGGCGGCAUACUUGCGCGCGUGCGAGGCGGACGCGUGCGCGUGCGACGCGGGCGACGACUGCCGCUGCGCGUGCGCCGCGAUCGCGCACUACGCGCACGCGUGUGCCACGCGCGGCGUCACGUUCCCCUGGCGCGAGCAGCAACUGUGCCCUAUGCAAUGCGACGGCGAGUGCUCCAACUACAACCCGUGCAUGUCUCCGUGCCCGCCCGAAACCUGUGACAACACGCUCGACUACGCCGAAGUGAAAGCCGUUUGCGAAAAAGAAACAUGUGUUGAAGGUUGUAAGCCUAAGAAGACUUGCCCAGAAGGCUACGUUUAUUCCAACAGUACACUAACAGAAUGCGUUCCCCGCGCCAAAUGCCGUCCAGUAUGCAUGACACUCGAGACCGGAAAGGAAAUUCUGGAAGGGGAGGUCAUCGAGGAAGACGAGUGUCACACAUGUCGAUGCUCUAAGAAGACGAAGGUCUGCACUGGUCAACCAUGUCCCACAGAGACGACGCCACCGGGACCCCCAACAUCGCCAAAGCCUCUGGAUGAACCGCUGAAGUGUGUGCCAGGCUGGACCCGUUGGAUCAACCGCGGCCCGCCGGAGAUCGGACCAGACGGCGCGUCCGUGGAGAGUGAACCGCUACCACGUCCCAACGAAUUAGUGGUCGGUUCCCCGAUGUGCAAAGCCGAUAUGAUAAAGAAGAUCGAGUGUCGCACAGUCGGCGACCACAAGUCCGCGAAGGAGACCGGCUUAGACGUCGAAUGCAGCCUGGAGAAGGGACUCGUGUGCCACGAACAAGAAAACACUUGUCCGGACUUCGAGAUACGAGUGUUCUGCGAAUGUGAAGAUAUUUUCCAAUGCCUGAACUCGACCCACCCUAACAAUCCACACCCAACGGACUGUAGCAAGUUCUAUGAGUGCACACCGGACCUAAUGAAUCCAAACAAGCCCCAUGCUGUGCUGAAGCAGUGUGGUGAGGGUUUGCUGUACAACCCAAAGCUGAUGAUUUGCGACUGGCCCGCCGCAGUGUACGCAGUGCGACCAGAGUGCGGGUCCACUCCGUCUACCACACCUACUACCACCGGACACGAAGAGGUCAUUGUUCCUGAAUAUCCAGAAGAGCCAAGAAUCUUGGCAUCAGAAACCUUCGUCGUUACUACCACGUCCACUGCUGCGACGACUCCUCUGCCGAUCACCACCGGGAUCUGCCCACCUGGGCAAGUGUUCUCUUCUUGUGCGUAUCCCUGUGACAACCUGUGCGAACACUUCCUACAGACUCUAAGGGAGAAGGGUCAAUGUUUGCCUGGGCAGAAAUGUGUGAAGGCGUGUAUCGACGAGUCGGUCGCCAACAUCAAGUGCGAGUUCGGCUCGAAAUGGCGCGACGAGGCGACCUGCGUGCCGCUUAAAGACUGCACUUGUUAUGACGAAGGACAGAGAGUCAAGCCUGGCGGUGUUGUUGUUCACGGCUGCGAGAAAUGCCAGUGCCUGGACAACGUACUGCACUGCGACACGACAGACUGCGUGUCCAUAUUCACGUCCGUCGGUCCCACACACCUGCCGUACAUCAUUGAGCCACACUAUACCUCUCCUAGUCCCACUCCCAUCACUACAAUCGCUCCCACCAAGCCUACCAAUGCGACUGUUUCGUCCACCUGGACACCCACUCCCACCUUCAAAAUACAUCCUACUUCGACUUUGCCUCCCACGACAGCCUCUGUUGGAACAACCGAACGCACCACUUCCAAAGCAACGAUCACAGAGGCAACUACUCAUUCGCCUCUCAUUAUUAAAUCUACUGUGACUCCGCCUCCAGAAUGUAAUCCAAGCAAUUAUAAAUAUCUGUUGUGGGAAGAUGAUCGGCUACCGAAGUCGGCGUUUUCAGCCAGCUCGGUGGCGAGCGCUUUGUUUGAGCCGCAAUACGCCGAACUAAACGGACACCCUCUGGACGUUUCUGCUGGCAGUUGGAAUCCGAAGACGAUGGACGCGAACCAGUACAUUCAAGUGGAGUUUCCCCGGCGCGAGCCGAUCUACGGAGUGAUAAUGCAGGGUAGCCCACUCUUCGAUCAGUACGUCACCAGUUACGAGGUCAUGUAUGGCGACGACGGUAACGUUUUCUCUACAGUGGACGGACCUGACGGACAUCCUAAGGUAUUCCGCGGCCCAGUGGACAAAAAUACACCCAUAAAACAAAUGAUCGAGCCCCCGAUAGAGGCCAAGUUCGUGCGCAUCCGUCCGCUCACGUGGCACGAUGAGAUCGCCGUGCGCUUUGAGCUCAUCGGCUGCCAGGAGCCCACCGCCACCACGCCAUUACCCACUACCACUCUUACCACGCCCGAGCCAAUGCAAUGCACGGAACCACUGGGCUUGGGAGCCGAUCUGCCCAUAGAGAGUAUAGAGGUGUCCUCCAACAAUGACGCAAGACCUUUCUUGAAAUUGGACAGCGAAAAAGCCUGGAGGCCAAUCUACAGCACACCUGGGGAAUGGAUAAUGUUCAACUUCAUGUCACCGCGUAACAUCACGGGUAUAAAAACGAAGGGCGGAGUAAACGGCUGGGUGACAGCGUACAACGUGAUGUACUCCUCCAACUUAUCGGUGCCAUUUAGUCCAGUUGUGGAUGGUAGUGGCGCUAGGCAGUUAUUCCCAGCAAACUUCGACAGUGACACCGUAGUGUCUGCGGAGUUCCGACCUCCCAUACGUGCUCAGUAUCUUAAAGUGCUGCCUAUCAAAUGGACUGGCAAUAUGGAGAUGAGAGUAGAGCCUAUUGGAUGUUUCGAGCCUUAUCCUACAACUGUGGCGCCUACACUGAUGCCUACAACGAAUACAUCUGGCUGUAAACCGUGUCCCGGAGUAAAUGUGGUGGCUUGCAACUGCUCCGAGUCAGCGCACUACUUCGACGGCGAUGCUUGCGUCUCUCGGGACCAAUGCCCUUGCGUGGAAGGAUUUAUGACGUAUGCAGUCGGCUCGAUCUUCCGCGGAACAAACUGCGACGAGUGUAUGUGCAAGCUGGGUGGUAUCACUGACUGCAGGCCUGUCACAGAAUGCAAAUGCGCACCGGAGCUCGUACCAAAACUCUCGUCUUCUACCUGCGAGUGCUCAUGUGAACCUUGCCCCAAUGGAUCUAAGAUCUGUCCGAGCAGCAAGCUUUGCCUACCGUUAGAAAAAUGGUGCGACGGUCUGCAAGACUGUGGUGACGACGAACGCGAGUGUAGCACCACCAGUGUUAAGACCACCGUUACUGAGCCCACUGUCGUCACCAACGUAGUCCCCACCGUUGCUGUCACGCCACCUGCUACAACUACACAGAAACCUCUGGUGUGCCCCAAGGUAGAGUGCCCGCCUGGUUACUUCGUUCAAUACACUUCAAAGUCCCGUCCUAGCUACUCACGGUCUUCAACUUCUGACCUACCUCCGCCAAGACCUAGAUAUUCCUACCAGAGGUACCAACGGGGUGGCUACGCUAAAGGCGGCUUCUCUAAGGGUGGUUACUCAAAGACCGGAUACUCAAAAGGUGGAUUUUCUAAAGGCGGCCGCUACGGUGGUCAGAAGCCGCCGCAGCACAACCAGGCGUUCUCACUAGACAAGCCGACGGGAGCGAUCUCGUCCAACGCUGUGCAGGAGUGCGAGCAGUUCCGCGAACUGAACAAGUGCCCACAAUACAUUUGCGUACCUCCGCCAGAGAGGCCAGUGUACUGUAACGUCACAGGCCGUACCUUCACCACGUUCGAUGGCUCCGAGUACAAGUACGACGUCUGCUUCCACAUUCUAGCUAGAGAGAACCGCUUCGAUGCCUGGACUGUGCUGGUGCGCAAGAAGUGUGGGCCAGAAGGAUGCGUGAACCAGUUGUUCGUCCAUCAAGACGACCAGCUGAUCCUCGUGAAACCGAACCUCAUGAUCGAGUACAAUAACUACGAGUACACUGUGGAGCAGACCAGCAAAAUUUGCUUCCAAAAGAACAGCUUCGACGUCGAUCGUCUCGGCAACGGCGUGUCCAUCAAAUCCAGGAGAUAUAACUUCACGGUGCUGUACACGACCGAUGGCGAUAUCAAAAUUGGGGUACUUAAAACUCACAUGGGCCAUGUGGACGGCUUGUGCGGUGCAUAUGAUGGCGAUGCAAGCAACGACCGACGUUUGCCUAAUGGUCGUCUGGCAGCCAGCAUUGAUCAGUUUGGCCGAUCUUGGGCUAAGCCUGGCCUCAAGCCUGACGCUUGCCAACCAAAAGUUAUUCCACCUAAAGAUCAGAAGAAGUGCUGGGAUAUGUGCGACAUUCUUACGAAGGAACCUAUUUCUCAAUGUGGCAAGGUUCUCAACUUAGAUAAGUGGCGUAGUAUUUGCCUGGAGAAAAUAUGCGAGUGUGCUGAGCAAGUAGUGAACGGCACUAAGAGGACUGCGGAAGAAUGCAGAUGUAUGCUGGUUGAACAACUGGUUGCCGAGUGUUUGGCCGCGGACAAAGAUAUCGACAUCGAAAGUUGGAGGAUGCAAAUGGAUUGCCCGGCGGAAUGCCCACCACCACUGGUGCACUACGACUGCUACCGACGCCGCUGCGAGCCCACGUGUGGGGCGGCAGGCACCCUAAGCCGCGGCUGUCCGCUUGAGGACGGGCUGUGCUUCCCCGGCUGCUACUGCCCCGAGGGCCGCUUGCGCAAGGGUGACCAGUGCGUUGCGCCCACAGACUGCCUUGACUGUGCAUGUCAUGGCGUGGGUACUCCCGCGAAAUAUGUGACAUUUGAAGGCGACGAUCUGCCGUUCCUCGGAAACUGUACCUAUCUUGCCUCAAGGGAUAGAAACGACACAGGACAGCAUAAAUAUCAGGUUUACGCGACAAAUGGACCAUGCAAAGAAAAUAGUGACGUUGUGUGCACACGAACAGUUCAUCUGAUAUAUGAGAAGAAUGUCAUCCGCAUCACUAAGGAGCCGGUCACGAAUUUGAUUCAAACAAUGGUAAACGAGGAGCCGGUAUUCAAAUACCCAAAGAAGAAUGAUUGGAUGGAAAUAACUAGAGCCAACGGUCAAGACGUAACAGUGAAGUUGCCGGACAUACAUGUAGAGUUGGUAGUUAUGCGAGCUAAGAUGGAAUUUGCCGUACGAGUGCCGUCGUUCCUGUACGCGAACCAGACGGAAGGACUUUGCGGGGUAUGCAUGGGCUAUCAGGAGCAGCUUUUCACGAGCAAUGGCACCGCUACUGACGACUUUGAAUUGUACGGUAAAAGUUGGCAAGCGGACGUGGAUACUCUUACGAAGUUGGCAGAACCGCAAUUGCAGCAGUGUGGCGAGCCUCCCGUCGAGCCGACCUGUGCGCCGCCCGCCCCAGAAAACAAUCCCUGCCUCGUGCUGAACGACCCGAACAAGUUCGGACCGUGCCAUGCGCUGGUGGAACCACAACUGUAUGUGGAAAUCUGCGAGGAGGACCUGUGCGCGUUCAACAUCUCGGACGUGUGCGAGUUGCUGGAGCAGUACGCAGCUGAGUGCCGGCGCCAAGGCGUCUGCCUGCAAUGGCGCGACGGCCUCUGCCCGUACCCCUGUGAAAGUCCACUAGUGUACAGAGACUGCGUCGACUGCGAGAGAACUUGUGAAAACUAUGACGAACUCGAGAAGAACCCUGCGAAAUGCGAUAAACUACCAGUCGAAGGUUGCUACUGCCCUGAAGGCAAGGUUCGAGUCAACAACACGUGCAUAGAGCCGACUAAAUGCUUCCCCUGUGACGCUAACAAGGAACAUUACGCUGGUGACGAAUGGCAAGAAGACGCGUGCACAAAAUGCACAUGUAGCAAAUUGCCGGACUCCAACGAAGCGCACGUGUCGUGCGUGAAGAACACGUGCACCGUGCCUGUGUGCCAUGAAGACGAGAACCUCGUCACCAAGCCCGCGAAACCUGGCGAAUGUUGUCCCGAGUAUUUGUGCGUACCCAAGCCACAGGAGAAGUACUGCGAGGAACCGAAAAAAAUGGAGUGUGGAUACGGACAAGUUCUUAAACAGAAGAAUACCCCGAACGGCUGCAAAGAGUUCUCAUGCGAGUGCAAGCCAGCAAGCGAAUGCGAGAAGAUACCUCCCGAUAGCGAAGUGGAAAUAAUGGAACCGGGCAUGGAACGCAUCGUGGACCACAGCGGAUGCUGCCCACGAGUUCAGCUCGCGUGCAGAACCGACAAGUGUCCCCAGCCGCCAGAUUGUCCACAAUUCGAAACUUUGCAAACGAUUAACGCAACCGGAAAGUGCUGUCCGGAGUAUAAAUGUAAGUUACCAAAGGACAAGUGUAUUGCAACUCUGGAGUGGGAGGCGGCGCCAAGGGGUGGAGAGAAAGCCCGCGAUACACCGCAAAUUGUCUUAAAGGACUUGGAUUCGGUGUGGCUGGACGGGCCGUGCCGGUCGUGCCGCUGCGGCGCUGGCGGCGCUGUGCAGUGCGGCGUGUCGGAGUGUGCAGCGCUGCCGCUCAGCGAGCAGUUCGUGCUGGAGCCGCGCCCCGUGCCCUACCAGUGCUGCCCACAGCCCGCGCAAGUCGCCUGUCGCGACCAGAACAACAUCUACAAGGUUGGCGAGAAUUGGACAUCACCGUUGAAUCCUUGCGAGUCUUACCAAUGCGUGAGCGUUGGAGAUGGUCAACUUGACAGGGUCACCACCGUGCGGCAUUGUGAGGAGGAAUGCCAACCGGGUUGGGAGUACGUGCCGGCAGAGGAGAACAGUGGCCUAUGCUGUGGCAAGUGCAAGCCCGUGGCGUGCGUGUGCGAAGAUAAGUUGCAUCCCAUAGGCGAGACUUGGACUUCUGCUGACUUCUGCACAAAUUACACAUGCGUCGAUCUUAAUGGCACUUUGCAAGUCCAGAGCUCAAACGAGACAUGUCCAAAAUUAUCGGAGAAGAUGCAGAAGCAAUUUGUACUAACGGUGGAGAAGGUGCCAGGCAAAUGCUGCCCGAAAGUAGAACCUGUCGCUUGCCGUGUUGAAGAUAGAGUAUACCAGGUUGGAGAGAACUGGACUUCCCCUACAGAUGCGUGCGAGUCGUAUCAAUGCGUGCGGGUCGAAGAUAACAAGCUGGAGAAGGUCACUACCGUUCAGAACUGCGACACCGACUGCCAAGAAGGUUGGGAGUACGUGCCGUCGUCGAAUCCCAGCUCGCAGUGCUGCGGCAAGUGCCGGCCGGUGGCGUGCGUGUGCGAGGGACAACUGCACCCUGUCGGGCAGCUGUGGACCUCGCCCGACUUCUGCACCAACUACACCUGCGUUGACCUCAACGGCACUUUACAAAUACAAAGCUUCAACGAAACGUGCCCAGAAGUGAGCGAAGCGAUGAAGAAGCAGUUUGUCCUGAUAGAAGAAAAGGUAGAAGGCAAAUGCUGUCCUAAAGUAGAACCAGUCGCCUGUCGUGUCGGUGAUAAAGUAUAUCAGGUGGGCGAAAACUGGACCUCAACCACCGACGCCUGCGAAUCUUACGAAUGUACGCGCAUGGAAGACGGCAAACUGCAGAAAGUGACCACCGUUCAAGGAUGCGACGACGAUUGCCAACCGGGUUGGGAAUACGUGCCUUCGUCGAAUCCCAGCACGCAGUGCUGCGGCAAAUGCCGGCCGGUGGCGUGUGUGUUAGAGGGACGCCUGCACCCCGUCGGGCAACUCUGGACUUCGCCCGACUUCUGCACCAACUAUACCUGCGUAGAUCUCAACGGAACCUUACAAAUCCAAAGUUCAAACGAAACCUGUCCAGAAGUAAGCGAGGCAAUGCUGAAACAGUUUGUCUACACGGAAGAGAAAAUACCCGGCAAAUGCUGUCCAAAACGUGAGCCGAUAGCUUGCCGCGUUGGAAACGAAAUAUAUCAGGAGGGACAAACGUGGCCGACAUCAAACCCUUGUGUGAACAUGACGUGUGCGCGCGACGCGUCCGGGCAGCUGGCGCACAAGGAGAGCACGGAGAGCUGCGCGCGCGCCUGCCCGCGCGGCUGGCGCUACGCGGAGCCCGGCGCCGGCCUGUGCUGCGGCAAGUGCGUGCAGGAAGCCUGCGUCGUCGACGAUCAACUCAGGAAACCCGGCGAGACCUGGCAAUCGGCCGACAACUGCACGACUUUCGCUUGUGAUCAAGACGGCGAAGAAUUCUUCACAAAAUCAUCGUACCAGCUCUGCCCCGACGUGUCCAAUUGUGCUGCGGAAGACUUGGUCAAUGAGACCUGCUGUCAAGUCUGCAAGCUGAAACCCAGCCCAUUGAGUACCUGUGUCCCAGUGGCUAUCCCGAGCGCGGAAUCUGUGGGCCUCAUUCGAGUGCAUUUAGGAGCGCAUGGGUUGUGCAUCAAUCGCUCCCCACUUGUGGGUUUUAAGGAAUGUCGCGGAAGCUGCGACUCCGGCACCGUCUUCAACAACCAAACGGGCGGUCAUGACACAAAAUGCGAGUGCUGCGCUGCAGUUAAAUACGAGCGGCUGUUGGUGGGGCUGGACUGCCAAGAUGGAUCUCUACGACCUCACAGCGUCGCAUCUCCGUUACGUUGCGCUUGUCGACGCUGUGGAGGCACUAACGUCUGGCCAUCGAAGACCAAGACCGGUAACUACGGAUACAACUCACCCCGUACAUUCCAAGACGAAGACUACAACAUUCCCGAGAUGUUCGCGAGAUUCGGUACGACACCGCCGCGACCAAGACUGUGA